UCAAUCAUCUUUCUUUUCCCACAGCGUUUGGCGAACUCCAAAGCCCACACGUCCAGAUUCAUAAGUGCCAAUCUACCAUGCAACAAAUUUAAAAACCGCCUGGUAAACAUCAUGCCGUAUGAGACCACUCGAGUGUGCUUGCAGCCCAUCAGAGGGCUGGAGGGAUCCGACUAUAUCAAUGCCAGCUUCAUCGAUGGAUACAGACAACAGAAGGCUUAUAUAGCCACACAAGGGCCAUUAGCGGAGACCACUGAAGACUUCUGGAGGAUGUUGUGGGAGAACAACUCCACCAUCGUGGUGAUGCUGACCAAACUGAGGGAGAUGGGACGAGAAAAGUGUCACCAGUACUGGCCGGCGGAGCGCUCCGCUAGAUAUCAGUACUUCGUGGUGGAUCCAAUGGCAGAGUACAACAUGCCGCAGUACAUCCUCAGAGAGUUUAAAGUGACGGAUGCUCGGGACGGCCAGUCCAGGACCGUACGGCAGUUCCAGUUCACCGACUGGCCGGAGCAGGGCGUUCCCAAAUCAGGAGAGGGAUUCAUUGACUUCAUCGGACAGGUGCAUAAAACUAAGGAGCAGUUUGGACAGGAUGGGCCCAUUUCUGUCCACUGCAGUGCCGGUGUGGGGCGGACCGGGGUCUUCAUCACGCUAAGCAUUGUGCUGGAGAGGAUGCGCUACGAGGGUGUGGUGGACAUCUUCCAGACGGUCAAAAUGCUGAGAACACAACGGCCAGCAAUGGUGCAAACAGAGGACGAGUACCAGUUUUGCUAUCAGGCAGCUCUGGAGUACCUUGGAAGUUUUGAUCACUAUGCAACGUAAAAAGCCAUUUUUGUUUCCCCCGACCCAUGACCCCCCUCCCCCCAAUAGGCUCCUGAGCCACAAAAAACUUGCUUGAAAACAUGAAACGAUGACAACUAUACACAAUUCAUACAAUUUUUUCGGAUAAUCGUCUUUUGGAACCAAUCAAAACGCCUCGCGCGUAACCCCAAUUGGACAUGCAACACUGGAGAAGUGCAAACGGAUCCCAAACCCUUCUAUAUCCCAAGCUCGUGAUGGAGGAACCAAACGUUUUGGCUCAGGCUGUAGGGCAGGAAUGACGAUCUAGGUGUCGGACCACUAACCUUACCUCAAGUGUUCUGACAUGGAGGACAAACAUUGUUUCUUUUCAAACUAACUCUGUGAACAUAUUACAAAAAGACAUGAAGGAAAAGUUGGUGAGAUACAACAGGUCCGCAUAUUAAAGUGUAGAUGAUGAGCACCUAAUUGGUUAAGUAAUUCGUUGGCAUUUAAAAUCCUUCUUUGUUUACUAAAAUGGAAACGUUUGCAUUGAAAGGACAACUAUCGGUCUAGCAGCGGACUUCACUGAUGUCUUCAAUGGAGAAGUUGGUGCAACGGUACAAACAAGACUUCUUUUGCUGCUCACGUCUUGGGUCCAAGCCUCUCUUUGACAUGUUGCCAUUCGGACAAAAUUGGGAGCCACUUAAAAAGCAAUUCGAGGCAAACUGUUCAUCCACUUGAGAACUUAACCCUCCUCUUGAAACCACUGGAGUCGCCAAACAAGAACCCGACACGUCUUGAGGCUCUGAGGCAUUGAAGGAAAUGGUUGAGACCUAAUCACAUCAGUUUCUUGAGGUGGGGACAGUUUUUUGGUGCUUUCAAAGACAUGCUAGCGAACAUUUCUGCCAAUGUAGCUCCCAUCUCCACCUCUCAAGAGCCAAUUGGAGCGUGAAAUGUUAUGUCAACUAGAGAUUAGGACCAGAAGAACCACCAAAGAAAGUCUUGAGUUUCUUUGGUGCAAUGUAGCUCCAUUUCCAUCCUUUAGAGCCAAUGGGAGCGUGAAAUGUUGCAUCAAGUGGAGAUUAGAACCAGAGGAACCACUAAUGAAGUCUCGAGUUUCUUCGGCGCAAUGUAGCUUCAUUUCCAUCCUCAAGAGCCAAUGGGAGCGUGACCUGUUGCAUCAACUGGAGAUUAGGAUGAGAGGAACCACCACGAAAGUCUGGAGUUUCAUUGGCGAAUACAUUAGAUGCAUUGACUGGUCUCUCCGUUGACUUAAACCAUGUAUUUGGCACACCGGAUAGGGGAUGCGUGGCUACAUCUUGCUUUGCCGUCCCCAGUGAACAACGUUCAUUCCCAUCAUUUCAAACUACUUUUUGUCUUACAACUGUUUUUUUGCUUUCGUUUUGCUCUUGAUACCAAACAUGCUGCUUUUGCUCCAUUAUGCUGUACGUGUACAUGUGAAGAGUCCAAUUCAAUGGACACAAGUGUGCGAGAGCGUGAUUACGUGUGUUGGUCCCACCAGUCAAUCCAUUUCCUUAUGCCCCAACAGUUGCCCAGGAUGAAAUCGCAUGUCCAACUUUAUUUUAUCAUCAUCAACGACCCAUUCCUGGUUACUUUGGGAUUUCUUGUGUUUAUUUGUUGGUUGUUUUUGAGGUGUUUCUUCAAUGGAUUUUGGCUAAUGAAAAGCAAGAAGCAGGCAUAUGUUUGCGCCAUGAAACUGCGGUACAACUAUCUUGUGAAUCUGUUGUUGUAGGUGGGACUGUUUUACACACUCAUGCAUAUACGUAUGAGGGGGAGGGGCCUGCACUCCGCCGUCAGAGCUGAUUGGCUGUACUGGAGAGUGCUCGAACCUGAAGUGUUCUGAUUGAUGAGAGAAUGAAAGGAGCCGUGUGUAAUCUUAUUUCCAAAAAGCCUUAUUCUUGUAACAUCAUAGAAAAAAAAAUGAAAUACAUUAUUGUUGUAUUAUUUUGACUAUUAUCUUCUUAACAGAGAGUUGAUUUCUUGGUUUAAUAUUUUGUUUUUUUAGCAAAGAUACUGUACUCGUUUUUUUUAUUAGAAAGGAAAAAUAAUGCUCAUUUUGCUCAUAUUACGUUAAAAGACAUUCUAUUUUUUCACUGUAGAAAUGUAACGUGAGAUGUGUUUGUGUGCAUGUAUACAUAGACGAAUGGGACGUGAAUGUAUACAUACACACUCACAUAUAGUAUAUUUAAAAGCAGAAUAUAAAGAUGUAUCCAAAUCUUCAUAUGAAUAGCCUUUUUUGUUUUCGUUUUUGAAGCGGGCGCUCAUUUUUAUACCACCUUGAUAUGAAAUUGUGUGUAUGAAAUCAUGACUGACUUUUUAUUGUUUUGUUUUUUGUUUGUUUGUUUUUUUAAAUAGUCGGGGAAAUGCAUUAUCAGAAAUGCAGAAAUUUCCCAUAAAUCAUUGCAGGGAGAGCUUUGACUUCUUGUUGCCCAAUGAUGAAGGUUGGAUUAUGAUUGCAAUCCUGUUGUUGUUCAUCAAUAGUGCUAGUAUUAACUGAAGUAUUACUUCUAUAAAAGAUGUACAACUGCUUUACUAAAUAUUGAAUUGAACAAAAUAAAAAGUCCAAAUUUGACAAAAAAAAAAAA